GAUUCGCCGAACAAGAUGGUAAGGGUUUCUUCGCAUGCCAUUCUUGAGAGGAGGCGGGCGUUCGAUCGUUAUGAUUCCGUGUCUUGGUUUCAUGUGAUGUUGGGCGCAGCGGCUUUCUCCUCCGCCGUCGCGAGCGGCAUGCGGCUCCCUCUCCCUGUCUUGGCGAAGACGGCCCGGAGGAGAAUGCAGAUGCUGCCCUCCGUCCCGUCCCCCCUCUCGCCUCCCCGCGCCUCCGCUUCCUCUGCCGCCGCCGGCGAUACCGACCGCAAGCCUUGGCUCCUCGUCGGCCUGGGAAACCCUGGGAAGUUGUAUCAGGGGACACGACACAAUGUGGGUUUUGAGAUGAUAGAUGUUAUAGCUGAAGCUGAAGGGAUAUCAUUGAGUAGCAUGCGCUUCAAAGCAAUGUUUGGAAAAGGUUGCAUCUGUGAUGUUCCUGUCAUGCUUGCAAAACCAACAACUUUCAUGAACUUAAGUGGUGAAUCUGUUGGACCACUGGUGUCGUACUUCAAUAUACCUCUGAAUCAAGUGCUUUUGAUGUAUGAUGACCUAGAUUUACCUUUUGCAAAAUUGCGCUUAUUGCCAAAAGGUGGGCAUGGAGGACACAAUGGGAUGCGAAGUGUGAUCGACCACUUGAAAGGAAGUCGUGAUUUCCCACGUCUAAGAAUAGGUAUCGGAAGACCACCAGGGAAGAUGGUUCCUGCCAGCUUUGUACUCCGACCCUUCAACAGGAAAGAACGAGAAGAGCUAGACUUUGCCUUCCAAAGAGGCUUGGAAGCAAUAAGAAUCCUACUGCUUGAAGGUCUCAACAAAAGCGCAACAUUCGUGAACACUUCACAGUCGCAACUCUUGAAUAGUUGAAGACAUUUGAUUGACUCACACAAUUAGAUUGUUAUUUCCAAAGUAGGAGAAGAUUCAUGGUGAUUGAUCAACUAUCUAAAUUACACAUACCUCUUUGCGGCAUCAUUGGCCGCUAUGCUUGUGAAAUUAAUUGUGCAACCAAGAUGGAUGUAGGUGUGCCCAACAUUUUUUUGUUAUUCUCGUAUGGGGAAGUACAUGAACUCUGGGGAAAGAUCGAAAUGUGUAUUAUUUCUUUUCU